AUGGAUGAUGUGAAGGAGCUGAAGAAGCAGGAGCGGCAGCUGCGGUCAUCCAUCAAGGCGAUAGCAAAGUUUGCCCAAGCGUUCCGUAAGGAAUUGUAUGAAAAGCAAAUUGAGGUUCGAUUGGAGACCCUAGAAAAUGCAAUGCGGAAAUUCUAUGCUGUUCGUCGCAAGAUCGAAUUGAGUAUCGACGAGGAAGAUGCAAAGAUAGACACAAAGGAACCUGCUGAUCAACGGAAUGAGCGCUUGCAAGCGUUGGCAAUUCAGCGUGAGGAGGAGUAUGAGAAAGCGAUUCGACUUGUUGAAGAAGAAUACUUCGAAGUCAAGGCCACGCUUAUUGCUCUGCGACCCAAGACGGAGGUUCCGCUCAGACGUUCUGUUCCCGAAGCUGAACCUGCUGCAGUUCAACCAGCCAUGUCGAAGGUUAAGCUGCCUGAUAUCAAGCUCCCAUCAUUUACUGGCAAGACAAAGGAUUGGGUUACAUUUCGAGACACGUUCCGGAGUUUAAUACACAACAAUCAUCAGCUUGACGAUGUCGACAAAUUCACUUAUUCGCGGUCCUCAGUUGCUAAUGACGCGUUUCGAGAAAUCAGUUCCAUUGAGCUUACCGCUGACAACUACGAAGUGGCUUGGCGACAGUUGGAGAAAAGGUUUGAAAAUAAAAAGCUUAUUGUAAAAGCGCACUUGGAUGCCAUUUUCGCCAAUGAACCAAUGCGGAAGGAAAAUUUGGAUGCCCUUAAUCACUUGAUCAACGAAUUUGAUAGGAAUUUGCAGAUGCUAACCAAAAUUGGAGAAAAUCCUGCUGAUUGGUCAACAAUUCUUGCUCAUAUGGUUUGUUCGCGUCUAGAUAUGGUAACGCUGCGUCAAUGGGAAACCCACCACAACUCGAAAGAGGUACCGAAGUAUAAAGUCCUUAUAGAGUUCCUCCGUGACCAAUGUGCAGUUUUGCAAUCGAUUGUGCCAGUUAAUCCAAACAUAGACGACUCACGACGGCCACGCCUGUCUGCUACGCAUGCAGCUGUAGAGAUGGCCAAAAGGUGCGUGUUUUGUGGAGACUCCUACCACCUAGUGUUCCAAUGUGAUAAAUUUAGAGCCAUGUCAGUGUCGCAAAGAGUGAAAGAUGUCAACGAAAAACGGCUUUGCCGAAAUUGUUUAAACCCAGGUCAUUUCGCUGAAGGGUGUUCCAGAGGCUCCUGCAAUCGGUGCGGCAGACGGCACCAUACUCUUCUGCAUUACGAAGGCAGGAUAAACCUUCUGAAACCGGCUAACAAUUCCGCUUCGCAAACGCAAGGUAGACAACAGACCAUAGGGCCUCAACCAGUACGAACACAGCAGAAACCACAAGGUCAGACACAAAACACAACACCUCAAACAAUUUCCCAACAAAAACCUUCAACCUCAUAUCCCGUAACACGCACAGAUUAUCAAACCACGCACGCGAAACCCAUUACAGACCAACAUACGACAGCUACUCUCAAAACCGUCAUUCAAUCAGCUCCACGACAAGUACUCAUGUCCACAGCGAUUGUUCGUGUCGCUGAUCAGUAUGGAAAUUUUUCGUUUGCUAGAACAUUGUUAGAUUCCUGUUCAGAACUUUGCUAUAUGACUAACAAUUUCGCGAAAAGGUUGAAAUUUCGAGAGUCACCUACCUUUCUGAAGGUACAAGGUAUUGGUAACGGCAGCUUUACGUCAAACAAGUACGUUAAUGCCAACAUUCAACCGCGCCUACCGUCGAUAUCGUCAUUUUCUGAGAAUAUACAGUUCUACGUGCUACCACGGAUUACAAGAACGAUGCCGUUUAAUCCAGUCGAGAUCAAUUUAAGCCAUCUGUCUAGCGACCUUGUGCUAGCUGAUCCAUCGUAUGGUAAACCGGGACCGAUUGAUAUGAUAAUUGGUGCUGAAGUAUAUUAUGACUUACUCGAAGCAGGCAAAAAAAGGUUAAGCGAAAGUGGCCCAACAUUGCAAGAAACUGUUUUUGGGUGGGUGAUCUCCGGACGAGUAUCUGAUCAAGCUCCUAGUCCAUUAACGGCUACCUACGUUAGUUCCACUGUGGAUCUCCAAGAGUUAAUCGCUAAGUUUUGGGAGCCUGCAAGGUCAGCAGCACUCAUUCACUUGAAGAGACUGCAUGCGAAGAACUGUUCGAGCGCACAACCACACGCGAUGCUGAAGGGAAAUUUACAGUAA